UCGAGCCACGCUUCAAUGAGAAGGGGAACACGAAGGUUCAAGGCGGGGGGAGCAGAGGAAGCGGUUUUGAAAGCUCCAAAUCCUCCGGAACCGGCUGUGAGGAAGCGGAAGGGGGGGGAGCGAAGCCCGGCGGCGGCCAUGGCCACUGCGGGGGCAUCGGAGGGACGCGAGCCGGGAUCCGAGCCGGGAUCCGAGCCGGGAUCCGAGCCGGGAUCCAAGCAGGAAUCCGAGCCGGGAUGCGAGCCGGGAUCCGAGCCGGGAUGCGAGCACUACCGGCGGGGCUGCCGGCUGCGGGCUCCGUGCUGCGGGAAGCUGUACCCGUGCCGGCUGUGCCACGACGGCGCCGAGGAGCACCAGCUGGACCGGUUCCGGGUGUCCGAGGUGCAGUGCACCCGCUGCCGCCUCCUGCAGAAGGCCCAGCAGCGCUGCGAGGGCUGUGGCAGCCUCUUUGGGGAGUACUACUGCGACAUCUGCCACCUGUUUGACCGUGACAAGAAGCAGUACCACUGUGAGCAGUGCGGCAUCUGCAGGAUUGGCCCCAAGGAGGAUUUCUUCCACUGCUCCAAGUGUAAUUUGUGCCUGAGCCUGAGCCUCCAAGGAAAGCACAAGUGUAUUGAAAAUGUCUCCAGGCAGGACUGUCCAAUAUGUUUGGAGGAUAUUCACACAUCUCGUGUUGGAGCCCAUGUUCUGCCCUGUGGUCACCUUCUUCACAGAACAUGUUACGACGAAAUGCUGAAGGAAGGCUACAGGUGUCCUCUGUGCAUGCACUCGGCGCUGGACAUGACCAGGUACUGGCGCCAGCUGGACAACGAGGUGGCGCAGACCCCCAUGCCCACGGAGUACCAGAACAUGAUGGUGGAGAUCCUUUGCAACGACUGCAGCGCCCGCUCCACGGUGCAGUUCCACCUCCUGGGCAUGAAGUGCCAGAGCUGCGAGUCCUACAACACGGCGCAGGACGGGCGCUGCCGCCUGUCCCUGGAGGAGCAGUGACCGGGAGCGCCGUGCUCCGCAGGGACUGUGCUACCAGCAAAGCAGCUCUUGGCAGUAGAAAUCCCACUUUCCCAAGUUCAAGGAGUCCUGGCUGCGUCAGGGAGGAGGCAGAUGAGAAGAGCAGCACGAGGAGCUGUGACGAGCAGCUGAUGCAGCAGCAGGAGGAGUUUGGGGCAGCUGAAGGGGAGGUGCAGCUCUCGGGGCUGCAGCUCCCGGGAAGAGGGGUGGCUUUGAGAGGCCUCUCUGGCUGCACUGCCAUCCUCAGGGUUGUGUGUGAGGACGUGGUGUUCCCUGGGGAUGGGGAGUGUGCCGGGGCCCGGCACAGCAGCAGCAGCAGCGUCCUUGGUUUCCUUCACACACUCACCUGCGUGUACUGAACGCCCUCCAGACAAGGGAAUCGCCCUGCUGCUGGAUGAACAGAUGGAGAAUCCAGGUGCAAAGCCCCCCUUUUUCCCCUGGACACCCCUCCUGACUCGCUGCCGUCCCUUCACUCGCGUUCCUCUGCCAGCCACAGUCGCUUUUUUCCCCAUUCCUCCCUCGUUUUGCUCUGUUCACUGGCAAAGGCCAGGGUGGUGUAGGGUUCUAGGUAUGUGCGUAGCUCAGUUUUGCUGGUUAGGUACCUAAAGUGAAGCACAUGCCUCACAUCAGGCUGAGCCUGAGGUGUUCACUGAAAUAGCAGCAGUCCAGUGGUGCAGGGACCAAUUUUCUGUGGUUUUGGCAUUUGUUAAUGGUAGAACUUUGCUGGGGGGAGGGAAUGGGGGGCAAAGGACUGCCUUUUAAAAGAAAUAAAAACUCCAACCCCACCCCUGUUCGUGUAACAUCCUGCCUGAGGUGUUCUGCAGUCUUAAAAAUUGCAGAAAGUUCUUGAUUUCUGUGCAUUUCACAUGCAGGUAUUUUACAGUAAUUAGAUAAAAAGAGUCAGUUACUCUUCAGGUUACAACUACUCAUUUUUAACUUGUUCUGUUGUAAAAUGAGUUCUUAAUCCAACAGUGCCCCUCUCUGUAUGGGAUAUUUAGGAUUUGGAUGAUAGCUAUUGUAGCAUGCCUUGACUGGGAUAUCUUUUUCUGGAGCACUUUUCUCACUGCUAUAAAUAAAUGUAAAAUACGGUCUCCGUUAAAAUAAACAAAUGACACUGUG